GUCCUCAAUUCUCAUUUUUCGCCAGUGUCUGUAGUCUGUAACAUCAAUGGAACAAGCAAAAACUAGGUAUGCAGUUGUUACAGGAGCGAAUAAAGGAAUUGGGUUUGAAAUAUGCAGGCAAUUAGCUAUAAAUGUUGCCAUCGUUGUAUUGACGGCCAGGGAUGAGAAAAGGGGUGUCGAAGCUGUUGAGAAGCUGAAAGAAUCUGGUCAUGAUAAUGUGAUCUUUCGUCAGCUUGAUGUGACCGACAAUGCUAGUGUGCACUCUCUCACGGAUUUCAUUAGAAAUCACUUUGGCAAGCUUGACAUUUUGGUGAACAAUGCGGGAAUUGCUGGAGUCAUGGCAAAGGAAGGCGUGCAAAUCAAAUGGAAUGAAGGAGUGACUCAAAGUUAUGGGUUAGCUGAACAAUGCCUUAAAACAAACUACCAUGGUACCAAAAGAAUGUGUGAAGCACUUAUUCCUCUCCUUCAGUUAUCCAAUUCACCAAGAAUUAUUAAUGUUUCCUCCUCUAUGGGAAAACUAAAGGUAAAUAUAUUUAAGUUUUGUUUCAAUAAUCUUUCUCGGAAUUGACCAGCUGAUAAAUUCUGCCAAAUGUUCUAGUUAAUUUCUUGAGUUCUAGAACAGUAAAAUAUCUCAGAUAGUUUGUUUCU